UCGUUCGUUCCGCAGCGGACACGCGAAUCUCCUCUCGGCAGUGACUCCACGCACGCACUUCUUCGCCAUCCCUCCGCCCUGUCUUGUCUUCAACCCUUCCUCGGUCGACACGGUGCAUCGUCGGUAUCGUUGCUCGCGAUCAACGCCGAUGCUCGACGGGGUGAGAAAGAGAGAACCAGGGUUCCUGAGAGUGGAUUGAGAAAAGCCAGAAGCGCCAGAAGCAACGCGGAGCUCAGAAGCUGGGAGCGUGAAGAGGCCGAGGGGAGUUUUCGAGACGCUGUCGAAGGAGUUUUCUCGGAAAGGAGAUCGCGAGCGCCGCAAUAUAGAAGUCACCCAUGCCGCGAUUACACUAACUGCAUAUGUCCGGUGUCGAGCGAGUCGAAAUGGCGACGAGGAUCUGCAUAAUCUUCGGGAUCCUCACUAUCCUGACCGUCGGAUUUACACAAGGAAGGAAACCGUACAUUCGACUAAAUGCAAUUAAUCCUGACGUUGUGGUAUCCGUGGGCGAGAAGCUCAAUCUGCGUUGCCAGCAAAACUUUAACUUCGAGACGACGUGGUAUAAGGACGAUGAAGCCUUCCAUAAAUCGACCAGCAGAAUCCGUAUAAACAAGCAGUCUUUGAAGUUCAAAUUCGUUGAGAUGGAGGACACUGGCGUCUACAGCUGUAGAUUGAAGUCGAACGAAACCAUCGAAUGGAGAAACGUGACCGUACGCAUCGAGAACCUGCAGAACGACGGCUUCCAGAACGAAGGCGAAGACAAGAGCGCGAUAUCGGAAGACGGGGAUAACGAUCUCGAGAUGGAAACCAGAAACUUGCCCGAGACACGAUCGUUGCACUUGGACAGCGAAAAGUUGGACGUGGACCUGGACGAGAAGAGCGAGAGCUACGCGGAGGACGAUCACAACCACAAGGUUCCGGAGAGUCCACCUUCCUUUAACAAGACCGACGAGAUGCACACAUUGGUAGUGAAGCCCGCUGGAAGCAUGAUGCGAUUAAAAUGCCCGAGCGUGGGCAAUCCUAGGCCAAACAUCACGUGGUUGAAGAACAACGAGGAACCAAAGCGGGAUAUUGGUUCUGUGAGCAAAACCAAAUGGACCCUGAGAUUGGAGGAUCUCGUUACCAAGGAUAGCGGCAAUUACACGUGCAUCGUGUGCAAUUAUCUGGGAUGCAUCAACUAUACCUUCAAGGUCGACAUUAUCGAGCGUUUCCCGCAUAAGCCGUACAUCAACGUGGACUUCCCGAAGAACGUGACCGCUCUGGUCAACAGUACCGCGAUCUUCAGAUGCCCCAUUGUCUCCGAUCUUGAACCGUUUAUACAGUGGAUUAAAGUCGCCAAAAACCCUGAUGAUCAAGAGGACUCAUCACCCAAUGGGACUGUGCUACAGGUAGGAACGAACGCCGAAGACCCGGAAGAGCUAAAGUUAUAUAACGUUACUGAAAAGGACGAGGGAUGGUACACAUGUAUUGCCCAGAACACUUUAGGAGAAACAUUUAGCAGCGCUUAUCUACGUGUAGUCGAAACGCUGGACGAACAGAAAGUACCGUUAGCUGCGAAGCCGCAUAUCUUGAUAAACAUUCUGGCGGCAAUUCUGUGCGUGUUCUUCGCCGUGGGUGUCGUCGUUGUGAUAUACAUUUUCCAUCGAUUGAAACGCGAGAAGAUGAAGAAGUUGCUUGCGAUAGAAACAGCGCGUGCGGCGGUCGUGACGCAAUGGACCAAGAAGGUAAUCGUGGAGAAGCAGAAAUUGGUGAACGCGCAGAACGAGGAGGAACUGUUGAUGCCGGUAGUAAAGAUCGAGAAACAAAAGUCCACCGUUGUCACCGAUGACAAUACUACCGACAACGUGUUCGAGUACGAGAUACCGUUGGACAACGGUUGGGAAGUAUCGAGGGAAUAUCUCACGCUUGGCAAUACACUGGGCGAAGGAGCCUUCGGCAAGGUUGUCAGGGCUGAGAUAAACAUCGGUAAAUCCGGAAUACCCAACGUCGUAGCGGUAAAAAUGUUGAAAGAGGGCCACACAGAUACGGACAUGGUAGAUUUAGUUUCGGAGAUGGAAGUGAUGAAGAUAAUUGGCAAGCACGUGAACAUCAUCAAUCUGCUGGGUGCCUGUUCUCAGAACGGUCCUUUAUACGUCAUAGUGGAGUUCGCUCCUCACGGCAAUCUACGAGACUUCCUCCGAGAGCACAGGCCCUCUUUGGGAUACGAACCGGCUAUCGGACAGGAGUUGAAGGAGCGGAAGACCCUCACGCAAAAAGAUCUGGUCUCGUUCGCGUACCAAGUGGCGCGUGGGAUGGAGUACCUGUCUAGUAAGAGGUGUAUACAUAGGGAUUUAGCGGCUAGAAACGUCCUCGUCAGCGAUGAAUAUGUGUUGAAGAUCGCUGACUUUGGUCUCGCCAGAGAUCUUCAUUCCAACGAUUACUAUAGGAAGAAAACAGAUGGACGGUUGCCGGUGAAAUGGAUGGCCCCAGAGGCUCUCUUUCAUCGUGUUUACACCACUCAAUCCGACGUAUGGUCGUACGGGAUCCUGUUGUGGGAAAUCAUGACCCUGGGUGGCACGCCUUACCCAUCCGUUCCGUCGGUGGAGAAAUUAUUCCAACUGCUUAGAACGGGUCAUCGAAUGGAGAAACCGCCCUGCUGCUCGAUCGAAAUAUACAUGCUCAUGAGAGACUGUUGGAGUUAUCAUCCUAGUGAACGACCGACAUUUGUCGAACUGGUUGAGGAUCUCGACAGAAUAUUAACGAUAACAGCGAACGAAGAAUAUCUGGAUCUCGGCCUGCCCCAGUUGGAUACGCCUCCGUCCAGCCAAGAAUCCAGCGAGACAGAAGAGGAAGGCGAAGAAAAAUUUCCAUAUCUACUAUGAGUCGUAUACUCGCGAAGAAUAUCACUUAAAUCUUGUGUAGACGAGGUACUUGAGAUAACUCAGACUCGUCAACUCGCAAACAUAAUAAACUCAGCGAAAGCGAACGAAACGGACACGAUAGGAAAUAAACAGAAUAGAAAUUUUAGCGAGAGAUCACGCGGAUAAUAGACUGAAACAAGCGAACACGCCAAAUAAAAUAAAUCAGUAUUGAACUGUAUAGGAUUAAGGAGAAUGCGUUAAUCGUCGUAAAAAGAAAUAGUGUAUGUCAUACAUCAAGUAAUCGCGCAUCGACAAAACAUUCUAUGAUUGUUGCUACUGUUUCUCACAAAUUGACAUACGCUAGGUUUAGGAAACUUCGAUUAAGGCAAAAAAAGAGGACGAGCGACGAGCAGAAAACUGGAAGGACACUAUCUUUUGCUACGGCCUUAAAUACAAGAAGCGGAUUUGUGUAUAGCGCUUAUACAGAUCUUACAAGUAUUUAUAGAUGUAAUAAUUGUGCCAUGAAUCAGUGCCUUGCGGACACAUAUCGGACGACAAUAAAUGAAGGGAUAAGUUAUCACGAUGAUGAUAUUCGUCUAUGUGUUGGUAGAUCACAUAAAUAUUAAACGGUCAACGAAUAUCAAACAAAAUCAUGAUAUUGUGUUUUGUAACUAGUCAACUGUGGAAAUUGUAUGUUUUCUUGUAUUAUAGUAGCUGAUAGAUUUUUAGCGUUUUCACGCGGCUAACAUUAACGAAUGACGAACCGUAGAUUUUGUAUGUGGCGAACAAGUUCUGUAAUAAUAUUUUGUAAAAAAAAAGAAAAGAA